GAAACGUCGCCAACAAGAGAGCUCUACGGAGACUCGGAAAAAUCAUUGAUGGAGUUUUCGCCCCAAUCAAAGAAGAAGAAGCCAUUCUCUCCGACGAAUCCUUGCCAGAUAACUUCAGCGGCGGAUAGUAAAACGCCAUCGGCGAAGGAGCUGGAAGAGUUCUUUGCAGCAGAAGAAAAGUACCAGCAACAGCGAUUCGCUGAAAAGUACAACUAUGAUAUAGUAAAUGAUGUUCCAUUGGAAGGCAGGUACGAGUGGGUUCGUUUGAAGCCAUGAAUGAAAUGAAUACCGCAUGAAGAAAGAAGGCAUCUUCUCGUUGUAUAUUUUGUGGGUAUUUAUGUUUAUGAUAUUAUCAUAACUUUUUAGCUGGCUCUAUGUGACUGAAUAGCAGUUUACUUGUUUAUGUUUUAUUCAGAUGUAAGUGCUUGGAGUAGUACUUUUUGGGCACUUUCUAUCUGGAUUUGUGGAUGGUAUUUUCAAAUUUGUGUGCUUAUUCUGUAGGAUAAUGAAGGGAUUGAACUUUUAUGUGUGUUAUUGCUUUUGGAAUUGAAUAGGGUGUU